GUCAAUAUUAUUAAUAGAGCUUCAGAUUCACCAGAAUCACAACCCUUUCCCUUUUCUCUAACGGGUCAAUGGCGAAAUCGGAGGAUUCAGCCCCAGAUCCCAAGGUUUCCCCACCAAAUACGUACGGAGCCGUUGUCAUCGGAGGCACCUUCGACCGGUUGCACGACGGCCAUCGCCGUUUCCUCAAGGCGGCGGCAGCAGAUUUCGCAAGGGAUCGCAUUGUAGUUGGAGUCUGUGAUGGACCUAUGUUGACCAACAAGAAGUAUUCUGAGCUCAUUCAGCCAAUUGAAAGAAGAAUGGAAAACGUGCAAGAUUACAUCAAGUCUAUCAAGCCGCAGUUGCUAGUGCAAGUUGAGCCUAUUACAGACCCUUAUGGUCCUUCAAUCGUUGAUGAGAAUUUGGAGGCUAUUGUUGUCAGCAAGGAGACUUUACCAGGUGGACUUUCGGUCAAUAAAAGGAGAGCGGAGAGAGGCCUUUCACAGCUAAAGGUUUGUCUUCUGGCUGAUACGUAUUGAAGUUGUAGAUCUGGUUUCUGAAGAGUCUACAGGUGAUAAGUUGAGCUCCACCACAUUGAGGAGGCUUGAAGCUGAGAAGCUCCAGGACCUUCCACUGUGAUAGCGAUAUAAAUAUUGGACUCUUGACAAAAUUCAGAAGUGGCGGUGUUUAUUGUAAGGGGUUGCUGCUUCUGUAUUAUAUGAGGAGAAAGAAAGAGGUCCGUAGCUGUAAGAUGGUGCAAUUAGUGAGAAAGUGUUACAUGCCCAACUGGAAUGAAGCAUUUCCACAUGACAGCUCCUUGAGUUUUCAGCACAAGGAAUUGGAAAUAAAAGCAUACAUAUUUUUCAGCUUAAUUUGUUGUCUCCUACUAAGGGAUCAUUAUAGUUAGCGAGCUUUACAUGUCUACUUUAUUAUCUGUUCUCAUUUUCCUUAAUUUGCCUGUGUUCUCUAAUCUGUCUGAUUUAAAUGGUCAACUAAAUGUCAGUAUCAUAAAUUCUAGCAAAAUUGAUUUUUUCCCCAA